GGACGUCGGGUCCGCGCUGGUCGACGCGCCCCAUCUGUGAUGCCGACACUUUUCUUUUGGCCGCUGGCGUUCGUUGGCUUUGCUUUGCCUUGGCUUGGAGGAGGAACCCUGCCGGCAUCGUUGGCUUCCUAGAAUCCUUCGCUUCUUGAGCUCGCUUCCUUCCUGCUUACGCUCCUCUCUUACUCCCUCCCCCCCUUCGCCCCCUCAUACUUCUUCUGCUUCUUCUUCUUCUGUCUCUCUCUGUCUGUUCCUCUCCCACGCUCAUCUGCACCCAUCUUUUCCUCCUCUGUAUCCCACCCUCCUCUCCCUCAGUGGGUUGCAAUCGUGGUUGUGGUUGUUCUUCUUUUGGGGCUUGCCUUUCACCGGUGCCAUCGUCCCAUUUGGCAAUGGCCGUCUGGGAAUGGUUGACCGAUGCAAUGCUCUGGAAGCCUUAUAAUUCCGUACUUUCUGAUUCUAUUGAAGCGUCCUUCCAGGUGCAACAGCCGUCCCUUGACGUCUGUAUUACAUCCCCCUCAGCACCCACUCAUUCCAUUACCUUUCAAUCCAUCCCUCCUUGCCAGAUAAAUCGUAACACACAGCAAUCAAGGCCGGUGAGGAGAAACGUGGACGCUCAAUCAGGGAUCGCGGAGUGGCAGUGGUGGGAGGAUGAAUCUCAGCGAUGGCACGCUUACGAUGUCUUGAUCAGUUCUCAGAUCGAGAUUGCUUGGGGACAGGGCCACAACAGUACUAAUGCAUAUUUCCAGGCUUCUACACCUGGCGGGGUAUCACUCCGCAUACAUCAUCGCAAGUACACUAUCCUGUUUGAGGCUGAUGGAUUACAGACGAAUCUGAGCACAGGAUUUUCCCGUAAAAUUCGAAGACGGGUGGUCUCUCCCGGAACGGCAGCAGCAGGGGCGACUCCGGUUGUGCCGGCUGCUUCACCCAGUGCUCCUCAUGUCUCUUCCCUGCUACAGGCGCAUUCUGUACCGGCCCCAUCCGUCGCGGCUGGGGCAGUUUCUGAAGCCUAUGAUCCGGCAGAUCUACACCCAUACGUGGAGAACUCAGACUGUAACGAAUGCCCCAUUUGCGUGAUGGAUUUAAGGGGGAGGAAUGCGGCAAUGUUGGCCAAGUGUCGACAUUUGUUCUGCAAAGACUGUAUCAUUCGAUGGUUCGAGACUCGCCCCACCUGUCCAAUAUGUAACAUGGCGUAUGGAGUCAUAACUGGAACUCAACCUGACGGGACAAUGAGUGUGCGCAUUAUCCGUGCUGGUAGUCCUGAGUUCGCAAGUGGUCUCGAAGGCUUUCCUGGUGUCGACGUCAUUGUAAUCCAAUACAACUUUCCAAGUGGAAUUCAAGGUCCCGAGCAUCCAAGUCCAGGAUGUCCUUACACGGGCACCAGGCGAGUAGCAUACCUGCCUUAUACCAAAGAAGGUGAAGAUGUGUUGAACCUUUUGAAGAUAGCUUGGGAUCGCAGAUUGCUGUUCAGCGUGGGCACCUCAAUCACCACAGGAAGAAGGGAUGUUGUCACCUGGUCAGGAGUGCAUCACAAGACAAGUACAUGGGGAGGACCCACCAACUUUGGUUAUCCUGACAGUACAUACUUCGCACGCGUUAAGGCGGAACUUAGUGAGAAAGGCGUAAGGUGACAUUCCAUGCUGGAACAUGCUUAACAUGAACAGAGAUGUGGGUCCAGGCAGUAAGGGUCUACGCAACUUAAAAAGCACGCAUGAUUGUAGCAUGGAUAAAUGGUUUGCAUGAUUGUUGUAAAUUUAUAAAUUAGUGGCCGUUGAGGUUCAUGCACACUUUUGGAGGUAGUUUAGAUCUUAAUCAUGUUUAUUUAGCUUUCUGUACUUUUAUUUCCAAAUAUUUUUGGAUGCAGAAAUCAUGGAAUUGUUUUAUGACCUUUUCAUAGAAGUUUUUUCGUUCCUUGGAAA